ACGGUGAUAAAAUAAAUUUCCGGAUUUUUAUUCCGGACUUGAAUAGAUUUUAACUAUUAUGUAUACCCAAGAUGGCAGCUAGUGUGCGCCAAAAUUUGAAAUAAUGAAUCGUUAAUACCAUUGUAACCAUGUAUAAGAAGACUUUUACACUAUAUGACAUAUUUGUGACAGUUUUGUCAUUUUUCUCAUAUAUACUAGACGUAGUAUCAGAUGUGGCUGUGAUAGUAGUCUUUUUCCUUGAUGGACAUGCUGUAUGGGGAGCUAUAUCACUGGCAUUUGUGGCACUUUCCACAUUUGCCAUGCAGAUUUUCAGCUUUUGUUGGCACGUUACAGAUGGGUCCAUGACAGUCAAGAACUUCUUGAUUCAUGCCUUUUUCUUGGCUCCUUUACACAGGUACUGGAGAGUAUUAAAGCUUGGAAUUAAGUCAAGAAGAACCAAAAGCCAUGAUGAUUUGGAUGCAGUUUACUGUGCUAACAAUGACAUCUGCUUGCUGCGACUAUUUGAAUCAUUUUUGGAGUCGGCUCCCCAGCUUUUGCUUCAGCUCUAUGUCAUCAUCACAUUCCAGCAUUUUGAUUGGAUUAUUGGAAUAUCGACCUUUUUUUCCUUGACAUCAAUUGCUUGGUCUGUGUCGGCAUACUCGGAUGGUUUGCGCCUGGCUUAUCAGACAGAGUAUAAAAGGAGUGGACUGACAAUGCUUGUACACACAUUAUGGCAAACAGCCAUGCUUAGUGGCAGAGUCCUUGCUAUUGUUGUAUUUGCAUCACAUUUCAAGGCUUGGACCUUUCUGGUUUUGGGAUUACACUGGUUGCUUAUGACAGCAUGGAUCACUGUACAGAACGCUGAUUUUGGUGAUACAGCUUGUGAGAAACGUAUCUUCAAUGCAGUGUCUGGCUUUAUCUACGUCUUUUGCUUCUUGAACUUGAAGGAUGGCUCUUCACGUAGGCGACUGGCAGUGUACUACAUUGUGUCUAUGGUAGAAAACACAGCUCUGGUUAUUCUGUGGUUUCUUUAUAAGAGUGAAACUUCACCAGAUUGGCUGAGCAUUGUAGCACCCACUGUCAUAUAUGGAGGAUUUGCCUUAGGUUCUAUCAUGAUGUGUCUGUAUUACUGUUGCUGCCAUCCAUCAAUGCCAAAAGUCAAACAGGAAAAAGAACAGGAAACAAACUGGUUCAAACGAAUUGUUGCAAUGAAGCGCCAGGAGCAUAGAGAUUCUUUCUUCAAUACAUCAGACUCAUCAUUUCGUAUCUCUGAAUGGCUAACCACAUCAGUAAACCUCAGCAAUUGUGACAGACAAAACAACAGUGUUCAACUAUCACUGAAUUCUGCUGUACCAGAUGUCAUUCCAGUGAGAAACUCUGCACGCUUUUUGAGUGGAAAAUCCUUAUCGACUUACCACAGAGCCCCUAGUAUAGAAUCUUCUCUGCAGGAAUCUGAUGGAAAUCUGACCCUUGAAUCAGGCCGUGUGUCAUAUAUCAGUGCAAGCAGCUCAAAACAAUUAAUACCCUCAAGCUCCAAAACGCUUUCUCAUAAAAUCAAAGCAGAAGUUAAUCGAGCCUUUUCUCGCGAUCAUGAUUCUUCCAGUGGACUUGUGUUGACACCUCAAGAUAGUCCACAAAGUUUUCAAAGUUGUAUGGAUUCAAGUAAUGAAAUAUAUACCAAUAAACAUUUCUCUCUAUUAAGCCAAAAGAAUGAUCAACAGCAAAAGAAGGAUAGUCCACAAAGUCUUCAGAGCUGGAAAGAGGAUGUGGCUACUGGUAGUGGAAGUUCUUCUUUUGAGUAUGGCAGGAACAAGUUGUCAAUGUCACCACUUGAUCCAGCAAAACUUUGGGAGCUGUCGCAACAGAGAAUUACUCUGGAACCUUCCAGUUAUUUCAAUGACUCUAAGCAACAAAGUGUUUCCCAACCAGCCAGAGAAAAUGAUUCAUGUCGCCUGACUUCUUAUUUUCCAACUCCUGUUGAUUCCAGUAUCAGUGGUACUAAGAGCUCUUUAGCUAGAACAAGCCAUCGUAGCACCACAUUUAGUGACUCUCAGUACAAUUCAAACUCGGAAGUUUCAGGAGAAAGAUAUGAUGGAAGCUACAGCUACAGUGGUACAUCCGGAAGUCAGUACCGGUCGCAGAGUAACACUGGAACGUCCGAUCAAGUGGAGUCCUCAGAAUUGUCCAAUUUCUUUGCUGAUAUUUCAUCCCUUCAUGUGCCUGUUCCCAGCCACGGUAGAUAUAUUUCUUCUGUGUCUGAUAUUACCGACCAAACGAAUGCUUCAUUUCCAUGGCCAGAUGACCAUGAGGUGUUUUAUGAUGAGGGUGACAUAUCAGAAAUGGUCUACAAGCAGAACAUAAGGGAAUCGUUGCAAGGGAAAAGCUAUAUGUAUCAUAUUUGCCAAAUUUCUGAUUUCACUCAAGCUGGUGAAACUCCAAGAAGGCUCUCCUACAGUGGACCAUCCAAUACAGACCCCCGUCCUAAUAGCAAUGGAAACCAAAGAAUUAAUUCCUUGCCUGGAAAUUCAUUUGAAAAAAAUAAAGAUGAUAGUGGAUAUCAUUUUUCAGAGACAGACGAAAACUCAAGUUCAAACAUCAACCCUUACAAAGGUGCUUUCAAUUUUGAAAAUCAUCAGAAAUUAAAUAAAGCAGUAAUAAUUAAUUCCUCAUCAAGUGAUAUGUCCCAAAUGAAAUCAGAUAACGCAGAGGGUGGGACUCCAAGAAGAAGGUCCCUUUUACCAGGUUUAAGCUAUUUGAUGAGCGAUUCGGAUACAAGCUUCAUGGAUAGCUCUACUGAGCCUGCAAAAUUUCAAGCUUUUACCCCUGAAGUGAAUGAUAGCCCAGAAAACUGUGAUAAAAAUGGCUACUACACAUCCUAUCAGAACAAAAAAGUCUCCCCAUUGCAAGUCAGCACUAUUGAGACAUCUCCUAUGCGAUUGGGAAGAAGUGUUGAUCUAUUUGAUUCCAGCAAGCUAGAGAUGAGUGAUUUGGAAACUCCAAAAGCUAUUUGCUUGAAGCCCCCUAUCAUUCCUCCCAUCUCAAGACUAGAAAAGCUGCAAGUGGUGGAUCUCAAGGAAUCCCCAUACAAAUUUCGAGGAAGAUCCCAAGACAAUGUACUUCACUGCUCUUCAAAUGAGAACGAAAGAGAUGAAUUGAGUAUAUCUGAUUUGACCGAAUCUCCUUACAAAUUCCGCUCCAAGUGCUCAGAUAAUAUCAUUCAGAGUAAAACUAACAGAAAAUUUUACACCAUUCCUGAAAAGAGGGUGGAAGGGGUGAAUAUCCCCCACAAAAGAAGUCAGGCUAGAUACAAUGACAAAGAGAACAGAGUCUUGGAUGAAAACAGACACCACACUGCACCAAUGUUAAGAAACAAAAAGAAAAAAGGAAUCAAAGCCAAAUCAGCAGAAAAACAUUCCAAACCCAAAACACAUGUCAGUGCCCUCAAGUACUCAUGUUAUGCCUAUUCAGAUACUGACUCUGAUGGAGACAUUCCAUCAGAUUUUAGUGCAAGAAGUCAUUAUGGAGAUGCAUCUGAACAGGAAUUUGAAUUCUCUCCAAUGAAAAGCUACAGAAGGGAAUCUACCAGUAGAACUGCUCUUAAGUCUGUGGAGAAUAGCCCCACCUUUUCUCCAAUAAUCACACCUGACCGUAUGAACAGGGAAAAGGUGUGCAAUGCUAAUGGGCCUCUCAUGAAACCAUUUGUCAGUACACCAGUACCAAGAUCUGCACAUGGGGGUUCAGAAAAUGCACUUUAUUUGGUUGAUGAACCCUCAACAAUAGCUGUGUAACCAUUUUGUUUCAUUUCAUUGUGAAAUAUCUGUUUCAACUGUACCAAAGUAUUAUUGCCAUUUAAAAAAAGCAUUCCUUAAAGAAAACAAGGUGCCAAUACUAUAUCUGUUCCUUUAUAAUUUUAUCUAACCUAUAUUAUUUCAAAUCUUAUGCAAGGGAUUUAAAAUAUUGAUAUGAAUUCUGUACACUUUGCAGUGUUUGUGAAAUGUAUUGUCAGCCUUGUUUGAAUGGGCAGUUUUACCAUAUCAGUUAUUCAUAUAUUUUAAUGAUACAUGUACUUGUAUCCUUAUUCUACAUUUCUUAAUGUAUCUAAAGACAGUAAAAAGUAAUCAAACCAAAUCAAUUUUUUUACAAGUAUGUGUAGGGUAAUAGAAUUAUAAUGAAUUAAACAUGUCCUGCACUUUUUAGUGCUUUUGCAUUACAAGACAAGGGCUUGUGAUAGAUUCCAGUGCAUAAAUUAUACUAUAGGUUUAUUGGCUUUGUCUCAGUAAUUAAAAAUUGUCGAGCUGGAUGUAUCUGUGAUUAAUGAAAUAGACAAUAUUAUUUACAUUGACAAACAAUUUGUUGAUGCACAAGGCUUCUUGUUAUUUGUUGUACCUUUAUAGCUUUUGUAGUCUGAAACAAUCUCUUUUGUAGAUUUUUAUGCAGUAGGCAGCUUUAUAAUACAAUCAUAUCAUGCUGGCAGGGUUUUUCUGUAUCAUUUUAUAUCUGUAAAUGUCAAUUUGUUAAAAUACCAGUAUCAUUUUAGUUUUUAAUAAAGAAAAAAAUAAUGUU